AUGACGACUCCAAGAGCGAAAAGAUCAUCUCCCAGGAAGAAGACUCCCAAGGAGCUGGCCGACAUGGAAGACGAGUUCGAUGACGACGCCUUUGACGGGGACGUCGACUUUGAGGCGGUUGAGUUCGCCGCGACUCAGGCGGUCCAGCAGCGAAACUCUGCCUCUGCAGCUAACAAAAAAAAGAUCAAGACCAUUCAGCGAUAUUUAGUAACCAGUGUCUUAGACGGUGACUACGUCGAUCAAUACAACCGUAUCUGUCCUGAAAAGAUCUUGUUAAUCCAGGCGGAUGGCUCCAAGGCCACAAGGACGGUGCAGCUGCGAGGCUCCUGGUUUGAUACGCCAGCGCAUCCUGGUGCCUACGUCCACGUCAUCGGGGAGUUCUCACUGAAGGGACAGUGCAUUGUGGAUGAUGCUGAGAAUCUUUUGAUCCUGCAUCCCGACCAGCUGAUCUCUGCAACUGUCGUCGCCGAUUCUUUUGGCUGCAUGCGGAGAGCUGUCCUCCAGGAUCGAGUCAAGGCCACCAGCGAGGCUUCGCCCCCUUUGGAAGCGCUGCUUGCCAACGACUUUGACCUCCCUUUUCUCUCCAAGCUGAUUGACAAGAACAUUGAGAAGCAUAUUGAAGAUCUGUAUACUAUCAAAGUUGGUAUUGCGGCGGCGAAGGAACACCUCCAGUCAAAGAUGACGGAGCUGAGUUACUGGGCCAGAAGUUUUGUUGCCUCUCAACCACAGGUGAGACAACAAAGUAUGCUCUGCGUGUGA